UCAAAACUCGAACUGUUGUCAGUUGUGUUUUGUAUUUAAAUCUCGUUAGAACUUUUUAAUUAAAUAUCGCACACUUGCUGGUUUAAUAUUUUUUACAUUUGUACUAAAGAUAUUACAACUUUAAAGCUAUAGUCAUGUCUAACGACUUAGAUUUUCUGUUUAAACCAUUGGUUUUGGUGACCGGCUUCGGACCAUUUUUAAACCAUCCAGUAAACGCAAGCUGGGAGGCGGUAAAACUUAUUAAUAAGGAGAUGUUGGAGACAAAACACAAUAUCGAAUUGGUCCUGUUAGAAAUUCCAGUUACUUAUGAAAAUGUCGACGAAUUCGUGCCGGCGCUGUGGGAAACGCAUACACCUAAGCUCAUGAUCCAUGUAGGAGUAUCAAGUGAGGCUUCCUGCAUUACCCUGGAGACACAGGCCCACAGGAAAGGCUACCAGAGACAAGACUAUUUUGAGAAAUGUCCCCCUAACAACAUCUGCACAGCUGAAGGAGCUAUACGAUUGCACACCAAGCUAAACGUGGAGAGGAUCUGCAAGGAGUUCAACGGAAGCUGCAUGGAUGAGACCAGCGCUAUAUCCUCUAAAGAUGCUGGCAGGUACCUCUGUGAAUACAUUUACUAUACAUCGCUCAGUGUGGACAACUCAAGGACUUUAUUUGUCCAUGUCCCAGAUAUACCAAAGUAUCCCUCCGAAGUGACCGCCAGAGCUCUGGAGAAGAUUCUAGAACUUACCCUAGAGCAAGUAAUAGAAAUGGACAGCUCCAGAGAAGUGACGGAGAAGUUGAAAGAUGUCAGCUUAGACAACAGCAGAGGAGAGAAUUCCGCCCAAAAUAAUUUAUAACAUCAACAUAUAAGAGAAUAUACACACUGUAUGUGUAGUGGGAUUUUUGUUUAUGCACAUUGUACAUAAAUGUAUUUAUUAGUACUAUUAUUUUGUUUUAAGAUAAACAGUUAGAUAGUUAUAUAAUCAAAGUGUUGUAGUUAUU